GUGCCCCAGCCAACCGACUUCUUCAACUUCCCCGCAGAGUGCCGGGAGGAACGGUACCCGUGUACCCGCCUGUAUUCGGUCUACCAUCCACUGAAGCAGUGCGUCCACAGUCUGUGUUUCUACAGUCUGCGGAGGAUGUACGUGGUCAACAAGGAGAUCUGCAUGCGGACGGUCUGCCAGGAGGAAGAGAAGAUUAAAGCGGACCUCUGUCGGACUCAGUUUGGAUGGCCUCGGCGCUAUCGCAGGAACAAUGGGGUCCGACAGCGAAUUCGUUGCAAGGAUCUUGUUCCUUGAGCGCUGACGACGCCUGGGGGGGUGGACAGGCUGUGAUGUGGGGGAGG